CCGCAGUCUACUCCUUCAAGCCUAACAUCUUGAUAGUUAAUAUAAAAUCUUCAUCUACCGAAAAAAAGUAAAAUAAGUAAAAAGUUAAAUGUGAACACAAAAAUAGUACAAGGACCAUUUAUGCAUAUAACUCAAACUUUUGCCGCAGACAUUUGUUCUUUUUAAAUUCCAACCAGUAACGAGAAACCAAAACGAAAUAAAGAUCACAACUCUCUCGAUAAUCUCUGAUUGUUCUUCACAAACCGACAUUUAAAUUAGCCCUCUAAAGCACCACCAUGAUGAAGGCAUGGCAGUAUCACGAAUAUGGCAGCGUCGAAGUCAUGAAAUUCGCUACUGAUGUAGCGAUUCCUGAAAUCAAUAAUGAUCAGGUAUUGGUUAAGGUUGUUGCUGCUGCUCUUAACCCAGUCGAUUACAGAAGGAGGCUUGGGCAGAUGAAGGCCGCCGAUCCGCCUCUUCCGGUUAUUCCAGGAUUAGAUGUCGCAGGGGUAGUUGUGAAAGUUGGAAGCGAGGUAAAAGGACUGAAAGAAGGAGACGAAGUAUAUGGAGAUGUAAACGAAAAAGCUCUGGAUAAACCUACAAAGUUAGGAACUUUAGCAGAAUACGUUGCUGUUGAGGAGAAAUUGCUGGCUUUGAAACCUAAAAACUUGGAUUUUGUUGAAGCUGCUGCUCUUCCUCUUGCAAUUGAGACUGCAUAUGAAGGUCUAGAAAGGGCCAAUUUCAAAGAAGGUCAAUCAAUCCUUGUUCUUAAUGGUGCUGGUGGUGUUGGAUCCUUCAUAAUUCAGAUUGCAAAACAUGUGUUUGGGGCUUCGAAAGUAGCAGCGACAUCUAGUACUAAAAAACUUGAGUUACUUAAGAGUCUUGGCGCUGAUAUUGCCAUCGAUUACACCAAAGAGAAAUUCGAAGAACUCCCAGAUAAAUACGAUGUUGUCUACGAUGCAAUAGGGCAACCGGAGGAAGCCGUGAAAGCAGUUAAGGAAGGUGGUUGUGCGGUGUCCAUAACCGAUUUCGAAAAGCCUAUUCCACCACCCGGGUUCGGCUUUGUGCUCACAUCUAGUGGAUCCAUGUUAACAAAACUAAACCCUUACCUAGAAAGCGGAAAGGUGAAGCCAUUGCUCGACCCAAGAACUCCUUUCCCUUUCGAAAAGGUUAAGGAGGCUUUCACUUACCUUGAGAGCCAUAGGGCCACAGGAAAGAUAGUUAUUUACCCGAUAUCAUGAAUCUAGAAUGCUAAGACUUUGUUUCGUUUCACAUAACAUCAAUAAAUAGUUCGAAGGUUAUAUUUCGUUUUAAUUAAUGUCAAUUUCAAUAAAUAAUUCUAAGAUUACGUUUCAUUUUACAUGACAUCAAUAAAUCUAGUGGUUUUAAAUUUAAGUUCUAUUUGAUUUUGGUGGAUGCUAUAUUAUGUUACACAUGUUUGUGUUUAUUUAUAGGUAACACUUGUAUGUUGUGUAACGUCCCAAAGUUAC